CCCUCGCUCAAUUCGCAUCAAGAUGUCUCUCGCCGCAUCCCGUGCCGUGUUACGGCAGUCGACGUUCACCGUCCGCCGCGCUGGCAUCCGCAAUGCCUCGACGACCGCCGAAGCCACCAACACGGUAAAAGACGCUGCGUCAAAGGCACAGUCAAAGGCAUCAGAGGGACUCUCCAAGGUCCAGAGCUCGGCGAGCUCUGCGGCGUCGAGCGCUGGCCAGGCCGCCAGCAAUGCGUCGCAGCAAGCCACGGGCCGCGUAGGAAGGAUGGUCAACUUCGUGCAAGGAAUCAUUCCCCGGGCCACCUACUACGGAAAGGUUGGACUCGAGCUCGGCAAGCUCAUUGCCCAGCAGCGAAACAUGCAACCACCAUCCGUCCAGACCAUGCAAAACUACAUCCAGCCCGCUCUGAACGCCCUCCGCAACCCAAGCACCCUCUUCAGCCGCCUGGCCAGCGAGGCCAACAGCGCCACCCAGCAGUCACCCGCCAACGUCAUCGCACAAAUCCGAAACAUCCCCUCUGCACAGUGGUACUCGAUUGGCGUAGUUGCUGCCGAGGUCAUUGGCUUCUUCUCCGUUGGUGAGAUCAUUGGCCGUUUCAAGCUGGUUGGCUACAGGACCAAGAAGGACGAGCACCACUGAGUGCAAUAAAGUGAACAAGACCAAGACAUGACAUUCAAGUAUACAUUUGGCUCCAAGCCAAAAGUUAGAUGUGCGACGAGGGGCGGGGUGAGGAAACACUGUACGAUUUCGCGGGCUGAUGAGCCGACCAAGUGUGUUUGCGGUGCAUUCGGGGUGCAAGGGAUCCGAUACUGUAUACUGCACAUACCUCUGACUUAGAUUCCAUUUUCUAUAUGUGCACUUUUACUGGCAAUGCAUCUACUUCAGUAAAUG